AUGGAAGAUGUAGAAGAAAAUAUUACCACAAGCAAGGUGCUCUCCUCUACUCGGACAGUGACCUUGACGCCAGGCAGCUUGAGCAAAAGAACUGAUCAGAAAUCAACAGUAUCAACCUUCUUACCCGCAACAUCUCUUUCAGAGAAAUCUUCAUUAAAACCUUUGUCUUUUAACAAAACGACAUCCUUAGGAACAUUAGCAGCAACAACAGCAACGCCGCACCAAAAGCAUCAUAAACCCGUUGUGGUACCACCUACGGGAGACAGCAAAAUAACUGGGCACCAACCAACACUGUCAGCCUUGUUGACCAAAACAACAACAGCAACAACGAAAAUCUCAACAACAAUACAGACAACUCCAUCAUCAUCAUCAUCACCAACGCCUGUGGCACCAUCAACAUCAGACAAAUCACGCUACACCUGCCCACAGAAUUUUGAACCAAACUACCAAACAUUUAUAUACAGGGACCAUUGCUUCCACAUCACGCCAUCUUCACCCUGUUUUUUACAGAAAAAUUAG